CUCGUACUGCGAGGUCGGCCUCACGGCGGUGGCGGGAGGCAGGAGGCGGGAGGCGGGGGACCCGCGGAGGGGGCGCCUCGGCCAUGACUGCGGAGCUGCAGCAGGACGACGCGGCCGGAGCGGCCGAUCGCCACGGCUCGAGCUGCCAAAUGCUGUUGAAUCAACUGAGAGAAAUUACAGGUAUUCAGGACCCUUCCUUUCUUCAUGAAGCUCUGAAGGCCAGCAACGGUGACAUCACACAGGCAGUCAGCCUUCUCACUGAUGAGAGAGUGAAGGAACCCAGCCAAGAAGCUACUGCUACAGAGCCAUCUGAAGCGGAGGGCAGUGCUGCCAGCAAAGAAGUGUUAGCAAAAGUUAUAGACCUUACUCAUGACAACAAGGAUGAUCUGCAGGCUGCCAUUGCCUUGAGCCUAUUGGAGUCCCCCAAAAUCCAAGCUGAUGGACGAGAUCUUAACAGGAUGCACGAGGCAACCUCUGCGGAAACUAAACGCUCAAAGAGGAAACGCUGUGAAGUCUGGGGAGAGAGCCCCAACCCCAAUGACUGGAGGAGAGUGGAUGGAUGGCCAGUUGGGCUGAAAAACGUAGGCAAUACGUGCUGGUUUAGUGCUGUUAUUCAGUCUCUCUUUCAAUUGCCUGAAUUUCGUAGACUCGUUCUCAGUUAUAAUCUGCCACAGAAUGUGCUGGAGAAUUGCCCGAGUCACACGGAAAAGAGAAACAUUGUGUUCAUGCAAGAGUUGCAGUAUCUGUUUGCUCUGAUGAUGGGAUCAAAUCGCAAGUUCGUGGACCCUUCGGCAGCCCUGGAGCUCUUAAAGGGAGCAUUCCGGUCACCUGAGGAACAGCAGCAAGAUGUGAGUGAAUUCACACACAAGCUCCUGGACUGGCUAGAAGACGCGUUCCAGCUAGCCGUCAAUGUGAACAGUCCCCGGAACAAAUCUGAAAAUCCAAUGGUGCAGCUAUUCUAUGGCACUUUCCUCACAGAAGGGAUUCGUGACGGAAAACCCUUCUGUAACAAUGAGACCUUCGGCCAGUACCCCCUACAGGUAAACGGUUAUCACAACUUGGAUGAGUGUUUGGAAGGAGCCAUGGUGGAGGGUGACAUUCAGCUGCUGCCUUCUGACCAUGCUGUGAAGUAUGGACAAGAGCGUUGGUUUACAAAACUACCUCCAGUGUUGACCUUUGAACUCUCAAGAUUUGAGUUCAACCAGUCCCUUGGUCAGCCAGAGAAAAUUCACAAUAAGUUGGAAUUUCCUCAGAUUAUUUAUAUGGACAGGUACAUGUACCGGAGCAAAGAGCUUAUUCGAAGUAAGAGACAAUGUAUUCGAAAGUUGAAGGAAGAAAUAAAAAUUCUUCAGGAAAAGCUGGAAAGGUAUGUGAAGUAUGGCUCAGGUCCGGCUCGGUUCCCACUCCCAGACAUGUUGAAAUACGUUAUUGAAUUUGCCAGUACCAAGCCUGCCUCAGAGAGCUCUGCCUCUCAAAGUGAUGCUCCUAUGCCACUACCACUUUCUUCAGUGCACUGCCCAGUUUCCGACCUGGCAUCCAAUGAAAGUACAAGUAAAGACAGCUCUUCUCAGGAUGUUGAAGAUACCUUUUCUUCUUCUGAAGAUUUUGUACAUGAGCCUAAGCCGCUGACAUCUUCCCGGUCUUCCUUGGAAAUGCCUGCACACCCUGCUCCUAGGACUGUGACCAGCGAGGAGAUAAGCUUUGUAAAGACCUGUCUCCAGAGGUGGAGGAGUGAGAUUGAGCAAGAUAUACAGGAUUUAAAGAACUGCAUUGCAAGCACCACCCAGAAUAUUGAACAGAUGUACAGCGAACCUCAACUUCGUCAGGUGCCUUAUCGCUUGCAUGCUGUUCUUGUUCACGAAGGACAAGCAAACGCUGGACACUAUUGGGCCUACAUCUAUAAUCAACCCCGACAAGUCUGGCUCAAGUAUAAUGACAUCUCUGUCACUGAAUCUUCCUGGGAAGAACUUGAACGUGAUUCAUAUGGAGGCCUGAGAAAUGUUAGCGCUUACUGUCUGAUGUACAUUAACGACAAGCUGUCCCCCUUCCCUCCAGAGACAAGCUUGAAGGAGUCAGAUCAGAUGUUAGAAGAAGUGGAGGCCCUGUCUGUGGAGCUCAAGCAUUACAUUCAGGAAGAUAACUGGAGGUUUGAACAGGAGGUAGAGGAAUGGGAGGAAGAGCAGUCUUGCAAGAUCCCGCAGAUCGAAUCCUCCACCAGCUCGACUUCGCAGGAUUUCUCCACAUCACCAGAGCCUCCUGUUACUUCAGCCCAUGGGGUUCGCUGCUUAGCCUCUGAGCAUGCGGUGAUUGUGAAGGAGCAGACCGCCCAGGCAAUUGCAAACACGGCGCGGGCCUAUGAGAAGAGUGGCGUCGAGGCAGCACUGUGUGAGGAAGCUGAACCCAAGAAGCCCAUGCCCCUGGAAGCCAGCCCUGCAGAGCAGUCAGAACAGCCCCCAGAGGCCAGCGAUGCAGAGGCCACGGCCCAGCCUAAGUCUGAGGUCUCUGAAGUCGAGAUUCCCAGUGUGGGAAGGAUUCUGGUUAGAUCUGAUGCAGAUGGAUAUGAUGAGGAGGUGAUGCUGAGCCCUGCCAUGCAAGGGGUCAUCCUGGCCAUUGCUAAAGCCCGGCAGACCUUUGACCGGGAUGGGUCUGAAGCAGGGCUUAUUAAGGCCUUCCACGAAGAAUACUCCAGGCUCUAUCAGCUUGCAAAAGAGGCCCCCACCUCCCACAGUGACCCCCGACUUCAACACGUGCUUGUUUAUUUCUUUCAAAACGAAGCACCCAAGAGGGUAAUAGAACGGACCCUUCUGGAACAGUUUGCAGAUAAAAAUCUCAGCUAUGAUGAAAGAUCUAUCAGUAUUAUGAAGGUGGCUCAGGCUAAGUUGAAGGAGAUUGGUCCAGAUGACAUGAACAUGGAGGAGUACAAGAAGUGGCACGAAGAUUACAGUUUGUUCCGAAAGGUGUCCGUGUAUCUCUUGACAGGCCUGGAGCUCUAUCAAACAAGAAAGUACCAGGAGGCACUCUCCUACCUGGUGUACGCCUACCAGAGCAACGCGACGCUGCUGAUGAAGGGGCCACGGCGGGGCGUGAAGGAGUCAGUGAUCGCCUUGUACCGGAGAAAGUGCCUCCUGGAGCUGAACGCAAAAGCAGCUUCUCUCUUUGAAACAAACGAUGAGCACUCGGUGACAGAGGGCAUCCAUGUGAUGAAUGAGCUGAUCAUUCCCUGCAUUCACCUCAUCAUUAAUAAUGACAUCUCCAAGGACGACCUGGAUGCCAUUGAGGUCAUGAGAAACCACUGGUGCUCCUACCUGGGGAAAGAUAUUGCAGAAAAUCUGCAGCUGUGCCUUGGGGAAUUUCUACCCAGGCUUCUAGACCCUUCUACAGAAAUCAUUGUUUUGAAAGAGCCUCCAACAAUCCGACCCAACUCUCCUUAUGACCUUUGUAGCCGCUUUGCAGCUGUCAUGGAGUCAAUUCAAGGGGUCUCAGCUGUGACGGUGAAAUAAGUUCCCAUGUGUUAGACACCCACUGUGGUCUUUGAUUGCCUGUUGGUUGCACAGAAGUACAUUGUUGUCACAUUGUUUAUGCAAAGGAUGGGACUAGGCAGAAAAGUCAGAUUCAUAUUCACAUCCCAACCAUGCAGUGUAUGUAAAGGAUUGGAAAUAAAAUUGCACUUUUUUUUCCCAGUACAGAAUCGUAAAAGCAAUUUCACUUAAAAAUUUUUUUAGAAAAAUGGCAGGAACUAGUAUAGUAGGGUAUUCUAUUAUGCCAGGAGACCCAAAAUGCCUCUUGCUUGGGCUUCUUUCUUGAAGCCUCUUGCCACUUUUCCAAUUUCUCCUUCAAGCCUAAGGAGUUUUUGACAGCAGCCUAGGAGGAUGAUUCAUCAGAGCCUGAGUCAGAUAGUCAGAUGCACAGCUACUAGUUAUUUUAUCAAGUACAGAUGACAUUUUAAAUUUUUGAGCUGGGAGAGAGGAGGAACAGAAGCUUUGCCUGGGUCUUGUCAGGAGCUGACAACGUGGGCUGCUAAUGCGUCACCUCUUCCAGGUGGGCUGAACAGAAGGCGGUUGUGUGGCAAUAAGAUGCCAAGAAGUCACAAGAUGACUGCCUCGCCUCUCUUCUCUUUUUAAACUUAUUUCUAAAUAAACCAGAAAACCUCAUACUCAGUCCUGAGUGAAAGGAGGGAGAUAUUAAGGACUUGGGGGUAGAAUGGCAUUUUGUGACACUUGACUAACAGUAGCAUUUUUGAUAGUUGCUAACCAUGUCUAAGUAAACUUUUCCUAGCAUCUGAAACACUGAAGGCUGCUACUGGCCCGGAAGUAAAUUUUUGAUGCCCCGUCCCUGACUUUGCUGUGAGAGAAAUAAGGGAAAUGUGGGCUUGUAAAGAAAAAAAAUUUUCUAUAUGUAUGUAUAUGUAGAGAGAGAGAGAGAAAUAUCCCCGUUGACCAUUUUGAAAGGCUUCAGAUCUGGUUUUGGGUUUUAACCAAAUUUUAAGACUGAGGGAGUUGUGUGUGUGGGGGACAAACAUUUGCUACAACUAUGCAGAUUUUAUAAAUGUGCAAUAAAAGUAUUUGUGUUA